AUGCUUUUUGUUUUAUUUUCCUUUUCUUUAUCAUGGACUCCGACAGAUCCUCUUUUUAAUAAGCAAUUUCCCCUCAAAAAUACCGGACAAUUCAAUGGUAUAUCUGGGAAUGAUAUUCGAAUUUUCAAUUUUUGGAACACCUUAAAGUUAGGAGAAAAUGUUCCAGUAGCAGUCAUAUCAGAUGGUUGCUUUUAUGAACAUGAGGAUUUAAAGGAUAACUUCGAUUUAAACCAUUCUUGGAAUUACUAUUCUUGGGAAAAUGACCCGAAACACAAUCAAACAUAUCGCGGUACCCAACUUGCCAGUAUCAUUUCUUCCAAAUCCAACAAUAUUUGCACUGUUGGCGUCGCUCCAAAUUCAACAUUCUCUUGUCUCAAUAUCGAUAACGAAAACAAAACACGCUCAAAUAUUCUCGAUGCAUUAAGUCGCGACAAUCGUUACUUUCGUGUAAAAUUACUCGGUACAGUUGAAAAAUGCAAAAAUGUCUGUCGCCACGAAGAAUUUGAUGAAGAAUUACAUGAUAUACUCAUGAGAGCAGAUCCAGGAGUAAACUUUGUUGCUCCUGCCGGCGCAGAUGCCUUCAGAGGAGGAGAUACGAACUUCUUCCCUCUAAAUCGAGAUCCUCGCGUUAUAGUUGUCUCAGACCUCACACACAGAAAUGCUCACUCAUCAUGGUCCAACCGUGGAACGUCAAUAUUAGUUAAUGCGCCCGUUGGCGGAAGUUCAUCAUUCGAUAGUAUCAUGUAUCCUUCAAGUCCUAGCUUAUCACAUACCGACAAAAAAGGAUGUACGGACGAUACAGAUCCUGUUGGCGCAGGUGCUGCCUACGUAGCAGGUGUCGUAGCUUUAAUGGUACAAACAAAUCCAAGUUUGACAUGGCGCGAUAUACAAUACAUGCUUGCAAUUACAUCCUCCAAGAACAAUCCUAACCAUCACAGCUGGGUGACAAACAAAGCCGGCUACCAUUACUCACAUUUCUACGGAUUUGGCACAAUAGCUGCUGAUUGGCUACACCAAAUGUGCAAGGAAUGGAAGAAGAUCCCAGACCAAGUCAAUUCCCAAGGCUACGUAGAAACAAAUGAGAAUGUUCCUACGAUGCAUAAAGGUUCACUUGACAUCAAAAUCGAUGUAAACUCAAAAAUUAUUUUUAUCGAAUAUGUCCAGAUACAAGUUAACAUCGACGUAAAAGACGCAUCAUUAUUAAGAAUGAAGCUCACAUCACCUUCCGGUACUACAAUGUUCUUCAAAGCGACUUCGAUUUCAGAUGAUUCUCCACAUUCAAUCGUUUUGACAUACACAAUACGAGGAUUCCUCGGAGAAUCAGCUGCUGGUAGCUGGAUGUUGCACAUUGUAUCAGAUUCAAUCGGAAGCGAGUCACUUCUGAAGAAUGUUAAAUUAGACGUCUUCGGAAUGACAAGUACACCUAGCACUGUGAAGGUUCCAACACGAUCUGGAGAAAAUCCAUAUCAAGAGCUCUCAAAAGAAAGAAAAGCUACGAUUGUUUUAGAUGAAACAGAAACAUUAUGCCUUACAAACUUCACAGUUAACGUUUCAUCGAAUGCAACAAACAAAGCCAACAUAUACAUGGCAACACCAGACAAAGCUCAAAGGUGGCCAGUAAUAGACCAAAUUUCCAUUCCUUCUGAUACACAGGCGACAUCAGUUGACUUACACUUACCGUGCUUCUUCACUGACAAGUCGAAGAUGAAGCUAGUCCUAGAAGAUAUGGAGUCAGGAGUUUGGACUGACGCAGAUAUCACAAUUCAGAACACAAAACUUGACUUAAUUCUGCUGAAACCAGAACGUUACCAGGUAAUUAAGUCAACCGUCCCCACUGAAGGAGAUAGGGAUCAAGCGAUUGUAGAUUUUGAGAUUGUUCCUGCGAUGCAAAUGCCUUACUGGCUUGAUGGAAGUUAUGCACAGCGCGCUCGUGUAUCGUUGUUGGAUAUGGAGACGAAUAAUGUCAUUUUCAGAGCAGAUGCGGACAUGAAAAAUGAGAUAAUCAUACAUUACAACGGAACUCAUUGCCCAAAGUGCCUUCUUGGCGUUGUACCGUCCUGGCACCACGACAUGAACGACUGCCUGACGAUGCUUCAGCCAAUUUCGAUUUUAUCGUAUUGGGAUACUGAACCGGAAAAGUGGAUUUUGCCACUUAACGAUUACUGCCCCAUCCCGCCUGGCGUAAUGACACCAACUCCAACGCCUCUGCCGACACCUUCACCAAAUCCAUCUGCAUCUCUGACGCCUUUACCAACAAUAACGCCAGAUAAGCACCAGAAUAAGCCAGCCAUAUACACUGGAGGCGCAUUUGUCGGGUUCUUUGCAAUCUUCCUCGGCGUUUUCAUGUUCGUUUCGAAGAGAAAGAAAGUUGCUCUUCAUGAUAAAUCAUUGCUUCAUGAAGAUAAUGAUUUUGCUUAA